AUUACAAAAGGCUGCAGACGAAAACAUACAAAGAACAAUAGAUCGAGUUUGUGUAUUAUACUCUUUCGCAAAUAUAGAAUAGUAUAAUCAAUAACUUGCCGUUGGUAAUUCAUAACAUGAUAGGAUAACAUAUUUUAGUGAUUUGCUAAUUGUUUGCUUGCAAGUUGAAUUUGUGGAAAAUAAGUAUUUUAAAUCAAAGCCAUGGCAAAAACUUCUUUGGACCCUUCUCAAAUAUUUUACUCGGAAGCUACACUAAGAAAUACUUCAUGGGAUGGAAAAUUGAUUGGAGAAGAGCUCGAUGACUACAUGAACAACAGGCAAAAUAUAGGUGCAAUACCACCACUUCCAGUCACACGACACAACAACAACUGGGUUACAAAAAACAACAGACGCCUUUGGAUCUGUCAACACUUGCAAAGGCUUAGGAGGCUCAACAUGAUCAGAGUGAAAAUAGAAAAUUUCGUACCCAGCAACAUGCAAAAUACUAUUACUAUAAUCGGAAACGUCGGUGGACGAUGGGCCAGUCGUAAAGCAAAUGAUUCCUAUCUUUCCGAGGUACUUACUGGCGUUGGCGUUGGCGUAUUAGGUGUUCUCGGCUUCGCACUUCUGAGGUCAUUGUUGAGAUAACUGAAUAAAAGGUGUUAUCGCCAUUGUUUAUACAUUUCCACGUGUAUACUUGGGCUUAUGUGAACAAUUACAAAUGAAACCCAUUUUCCUGGUUGUAUUUACUUUCUUUCACUAUUGAUCUUAUAAUCUUGGAGUCUCUGAGGAUAUGGGUUGGGUUCCGUCAACUAUACGCCAGUGGAAGACGGUGAGUAACUACUGGGACCUGCUUUUCCACUACUAACUCUUCACGAUUAAAUAAGCGUAUAACACUGGACUAAUACUAAAGAAUGAACUGUAAGAACUGGUUCUGCUUUGUUAGAAAACAUUUAAAUCAUUACGGGUUAGUGCAGUACUCUGAUUUUACUAUAACAAUAUCUAAAUAUAAUAUUGCCAAGCAUGUUGGAGAAGCUGUUUAAAGGUCAUAAUAGUAGUGGAAUAAUAGUAUUAAUGCUGUCCAUUGAAACUCCGGUAGAGGUGGUAACAAACUUCGAACAUACUGUACCUUUGAAAAAGAGUUUUGUGUUGAGAGGUAUUGCACUAUGAUACUGUGUAAAUGUGGAAGUGGAGUUGCUCUGCUCCAACUGAGACAGGAAGAUAUGAAGGUUUACCUAUAGAAAGAAGGAUCUGUCCGUUUUGUAAUGUCAAUACCGUUAAUGUAAUUGAAAAUGACAGCCAUGUUUUGCUUGAUUGUACUAUGUACAAUGAUAUCGGAGAUAUCCUUUUUAGUAAGGCCAUUGUUUCUGCGCCAAAUUUUAUGGACAAGAGUAAUGCUGAUAAAAUGAAAAUUCUUUUUACUUCCGAUGUUCUGACUAGAGUAUUAGCCAAAACCUGCUUUUUAAUAUUACAAAGAAAACAGUUUUAUCUGUGUAAAUAAUAUCUAUCUAUUAUAAGUGAUUUCCUUUUACUACUACUGAGAAACAAUUGCUAAUAGAAUAAGCCUCAACAUCAUUUUAAAGCUGAGUAUUCUAGUUACAUUUUAAAAAUUAAAGUUGUAUCUGGUUAGACUGAUUAGCAGUUGUUGCUCAAUUUUAUCCACAUAGUAGUGUGAUAUAUGCAAAGUUUAUUACUGUGAAAGUAAUCCAUUUGUCAAUUAUUGUUAUUAUUAUUAUUUUCAACAUAAAGUGUUUUGAUGAUGUGAUAUUGUUAGAUCACAGACUUAAUGUAGGGAGAAUAAGAAUGUUUGCAAUGUUUGCCUUAUUUGAAUAUGAAUAGAUGACAAGGGGAUUUAUUACUGGACAUGACAAAACAAUUUCUUUAAUAUAGACAACACUGGGUUGUCUGUGAUUAACAAUAGUUGGUAUAUCUUAUCAAAUUUACCAUUAUGGUAGUAGAUUUUGUAGUCAUUGUAAAUUUAAGUUAUAAGUCUAUUAAUUCUUCAUACAAGUGCAUACAUAUUCUUCAUUGUACUUCGUAUGCUUAAUUAUUGUUAAUGGGAUGUGACUGACUGAACUAAAUACCUUAGUCACUUGUUCGUUGAAUUAUGAAUUUGACUUCUACAUUUAACAUAUCAGCAUACUCUGAGGCAACUUUCCCUCACCAGAUUCACACACAUACACACACGCGCGCACACACAGACAAAUGCAGACACACACAGAGACACAGACAACACACACGCACUAACACAUGUACAGAUGCCUAUACUUUUUUAAUUGAUGUGGUUACACACAUAUACACACACCCACACCAACACAAACACUCACACACGCAAACACGCAUGCACACACACACUUGUCAGUACUUUUUUUUAAAGUCAUCUGGUUUAACAUACACACAGACACCUGCACACAGACACGCAUAACACAUAUGUACACACACAUGCAUCUGUACUUUUAUAAGUAAUCUGGUUGCUUUUUGUUGUAUGUAUUGUUAUUUUUACCGUUUUAUAUGUGUCUUAAAAUUCUAAAAUUGAAUGGUCAUUUACACAUGUUUUUAAUGCUUUGAUGUAUAAUUCAAUUUGUAUAUAUUUUGUAAAUAGAAGAGACUGAAAUACAUAAAAUAAAACAUAAUUUGCA